AUGUCCUUUCGGGGAGCCAGGCUCAGCAUGAGGAACAGAAGGAAUGACACUCUGGACAGCACCCGGACCCUGUACUCCAGCGCGUCUCGGAGCACAGACUUGUCUUACAGUGAAAGCGACUUGGCGAAUUUUAUUCAAGCAAAUUUUAAGAAACGAGAAUGUGUCUUCUUUACCAAAGAUUCCAAGGCCACGGAGAAUGUGUGCAAGUGUGGCUAUGCCCAGAGCCAGCACAUGGAAGGCACCCAGAUCAACCAAAGCGAGAAAUGGAACUACAAGAAACACACCAAGGAAUUUCCUACGGACGCCUUUGGGGAUAUUCAGUUUGAGACACUGGGGAAGAAAGGGAAGUAUAUCCGUCUGUCCUGCGACACGGACGCGGAAAUCCUUUACGAGCUGCUGACCCAGCACUGGCACCUGAAAACACCCAACCUGGUCAUUUCUGUGACCGGGGGCGCCAAGAACUUCGCCCUGAAGCCGCGCAUGCGCAAGAUCUUCAGCCGGCUCAUCUACAUCGCGCAGUCCAAAGGUGCUUGGAUUCUCACGGGAGGCACCCAUUAUGGCCUGAUGAAGUACAUUGGAGAGGUGGUGAGAGAUAACACCAUCAGCAGGAGUUCAGAGGAGAAUAUUGUGGCCAUUGGCAUAGCAGCUUGGGGCAUGGUCUCCAACCGGGACACCCUCAUCAGGAAUUGCGAUGCUGAGGGCUAUUUUUUAGCCCAGUACCUUAUGGAUGACUUCACGAGAGAUCCUCUGUAUAUCCUGGACAACAACCACACACAUUUGCUGCUCGUGGACAAUGGCUGUCAUGGACAUCCCACCGUCGAAGCAAAGCUCCGGAAUCAGCUAGAGAAGUACAUCUCUGAGCGCACUAUUCAAGAUUCCAACUAUGGUGGCAAGAUCCCCAUUGUGUGUUUUGCCCAAGGAGGUGGAAAAGAGACUUUGAAAGCCAUCAAUACCUCCAUCAAAAAUAAAAUUCCUUGUGUAGUGGUGGAAGGCUCAGGCCAGAUCGCUGAUGUGAUCGCCAGCCUGGUGGAGGUGGAGGAUGCCUUGACAUCUUCUGCCGUCAAGGAGAAGCUGGUGUGCUUUUUACCCCGCACGGUGUCCCGGCUGCCUGAGGAGGAGACUGAGAGUUGGAUCAAAUGGCUCAAAGAAAUUCUCGAAUGUUCUCACCUAUUAACAGUUAUUAAAAUGGAAGAAGCUGGGGAUGAAAUUGUGAGCAAUGCCAUCUCCUACGCUCUAUACAAAGCCUUCAGCACCAAUGAGCAAGACAAGGAUAACUGGAAUGGGCAGCUGAAGCUUCUGCUGGAGUGGAACCAGCUGGACUUAGCCAAUGAUGAGAUUUUCACCAAUGACCGCCGAUGGGAGUCUGCUGACCUUCAAGAAGUCAUGUUUACAGCUCUCAUAAAGGACAGACCCAAGUUUGUCCGCCUCUUUCUGGAGAAUGGCUUGAACCUGCGGAAGUUUCUCACCCACGAUGUCCUCACUGAGCUCUUCUCCAACCACUUCAGCACCCUUGUGUACCGGAAUCUGCAGAUCGCCAAGAAUUCCUAUAAUGAUGCCCUCCUCACGUUUGUCUGGAAACUGGUUGCCAACUUCCGAAGAGGCUUCCGGAAGGAAGAUAGAAAUGGCCGAGACGAGAUGGACAUAGAACUCCAUGACGUGUCUCCUAUUACUCGGCACCCCCUGCAAGCUCUCUUCAUCUGGGCCAUUCUUCAGAACAAGAAGGAACUCUCCAAAGUCAUUUGGGAGCAGACCAGGGGCUGCACUCUGGCAGCCCUGGGAGCCAGCAAGCUUCUGAAGACUCUGGCCAAAGUGAAGAAUGACAUCAAUGCUGCUGGGGAGUCCGAGGAGCUGGCUAAUGAGUACGAGACCCGGGCGGUUGAGCUGUUCACUGAGUGUUACAGCAGCGAUGAAGACUUGGCAGAACAGCUGCUGAUCUAUUCCUGUGAAGCUUGGGGUGGAAGCAACUGUCUGGAGCUGGCGGUGGAGGCCACAGACCAGCAUUUCAUCGCCCAGCCUGGGGUCCAGAAUUUUCUUUCUAAGCAAUGGUAUGGAGAGAUUUCCCGAGACACCAAGAACUGGAAGAUUAUCCUGUGUCUGUUUAUUAUACCCUUGGUGGGCUGUGGCUUUGUAUCAUUUAGGAAGAAACCUGUCGACAAGCACAAGAAGCUGCUUUGGUACUAUGUGGCGUUCUUCACCUCCCCCUUCGUGGUCUUCUCCUGGAACGUGGUCUUCUACAUUGCCUUCCUCCUGCUGUUUGCCUACGUGCUGCUCAUGGAUUUCCAUUCGGUGCCACACCCCCCCGAGCUGGUCCUGUACUCACUGGUCUUUGUCCUCUUCUGUGAUGAAGUGAGACAGUGGUACGUAAAUGGGGUGAAUUAUUUUACUGACCUGUGGAAUGUGAUGGACACGCUGGGGCUUUUUUACUUCAUAGCAGGAAUUGUAUUUCGGCUCCACUCUUCUAAUAAAAGCUCUUUGUAUUCUGGACGAGUCAUUUUCUGUCUGGACUACAUUAUUUUCACUCUAAGAUUGAUCCACAUUUUUACUGUAAGCAGAAACUUAGGACCCAAGAUUAUAAUGCUGCAGAGGAUGCUGAUCGACGUGUUCUUCUUCCUGUUCCUCUUUGCGGUGUGGAUGGUGGCCUUCGGCGUGGCCAGGCAAGGGAUCCUUAGGCAGAAUGAGCAGCGCUGGAGGUGGAUAUUCCGUUCAGUCAUCUACGAGCCCUACUUGGCCAUGUUCGGCCAGGUGCCCAGUGACGUGGACGGUACCACGUAUGACUUUGCCCACUGCACCUUCACUGGGAAUGAGUCCAAGCCACUGUGCGUGGAGCUGGAUGAGCACAACCUGCCCCGGUUCCCUGAGUGGAUCACCAUCCCCCUGGUGUGCAUCUACAUGUUAUCCACCAACAUCCUGCUGGUCAACCUGCUGGUCGCCAUGUUUGGCUACACAGUGGGCACCGUCCAGGAGAACAAUGACCAGGUCUGGAAGUUCCAGAGGUACUUCCUGGUGCAGGAGUACUGCAGCCGCCUCAAUAUCCCCUUCCCCUUCAUCGUCUUCGCUUACUUCUACAUGAUGGUGAAGAAGUGCUUCAAGUGUUGCUGCAAGGAGAAAAACAUGGAGUCUUCUGUCUGCUGUUUCAAAAAUGAGGACAACGAGACUCUGGCGUGGGAGGGUGUCAUGAAGGAAAACUACCUUGUCAAGAUCAACACAAAAGCCCACGACACCUCAGAGGAAAUGAGGCAUCGAUUUAGACAAUUGGAUACAAAGCUUAAUGAUCUCAAGGGUCUUCUGAAAGAGAUUGCUAAUAAAAUCAAAUAAAACUCUAUGAAAUCUAAUGGAGAAAAAUCUAAUUAUAGCAAGAUCAUAUUAAGGAAUGCUGAUGAACAAUUUUGCUAUCGACUACUAAAUGAGAGAUUUUCAGACCCCUGGGUACAUGGUGG